AUGAAGAUGUUUCAGUGGAGUGGCAAUAUAUCGCCUAUAACAAUAAUUAGGAGUACAUCAAGUCAUUUACGUUGUUUCCAGAGCUACAAUUUCCAUAUCGACCCCCAAAAUGAACUCAUUUCCAUGGAUCAAGUACGUGACAUUGCAGACACAGAGCCUACACCUUUGUCCUUGCAACAGAUGCGCUCGUUUUCGGACGGAUGUGCCAAGUUACGGAUCGUAUCGGCUAAAUUUUUGCACAAGGAACUCCAGUCGCGAUUCGCUCGCGCUAUUAUGGAGCUAUCGGACUUGCCAUUGGGACUGAGCGACAUGACGACGAUUCGUCAAGCAAUCGACGUCUAUUGUCGUGAGUUGCAGUGGUUAAACAGCACAAAACCUCCAAGUUCCAUUGCGGAUGACCGUGAGUUUACGGAAAAGCUGCGUCAAUCCAAGGAGCAGGGAUCGAAUUUAGUACCGAUGAUUUGUUAUGGGCUGCAGCAGCUCAAAGGUACAGAUCUCGGACACUCUGCACUGCAAAUUGAUAGUGCUCAGGAGGACAUUAAAAGCCGGCUGGACAAGUUUUUCUUGGGGCGUAUUGGUAUCCGCAUGCUCAUUGGGCAACAUGUGGAGUCGCUUGAGCGCCCUGGAGGUCGUGUACACCUUAUAAAUGUGGAAGAAAUCGUGCACGAAGCUUGUUACCGCGCUACGAAAUUGUGUAUACAGCAUUCUGGUACUGCACCACCUGUGGAGAUCCAUGCGACGGCGAGUGCUAGCACACCUUUGAUGUAUGUGCGUUCACAUCUACACCACAUGGUGUUUGAGCUGGUGAAAAAUGCCAUGCGUGCAACGGUUGAGUACCACAAGAAGUGGACACAUAGAGCUCCCGGCACACUCAACCAUUUCAAGCAAGUGAUGAACCCGAACAGUCCGUCGUUGGGUUUCUUUCUGCCGUCGGUCAACGACGUAUCAGGUGUCAAGAUUUUUCCAGACGUUAGCAAGUUUAGGCAAGGAGGAGGGCUUCCGCCGGUGGAGAUUGUAAUUUGCGUGGGUAGUGAAGAUCUGACUAUCAAGGUGAGUGAUGAAGGUGGAGGUGUGCCACGCAGUCGUUGGAAUAAGCUAUGGCAUUAUGACUACACAACAAGUCCUCCAUUUCCGGCCAUCGACUUCAACAGCUAUCACAGUUAUAGACAGCAUUAUAGUGGAGGCGGGUACGGACUGCCCAUGGCAAGGUUAUUCGCGCGCUAUUUUGGAGGUGAAGUCACCUUUAGUUCACUGGAGGGGUCUGGAUCGACCGGGUUUAUUCAGGCACAUCGUUUGGGAACGAAUGUGGAAGUCAUUCCUGGGAACGCAUCCUUCGACCUCCCGCCGCUAUAUUCGUAA